CGAGAAUUGCUUCAUUUCAAAUGUCGCCUUUGCUGAUAUUAGCAUUUUUUGUGGCCACAGUUGGGUAUCUUGUUCAUUUUUAUUUAAAAGUACGGAAAUACCCAAAAGGGCCAUUUCCUCUCCCUGUUAUUGGAAAUCUUCACCAGAUUCCGGGUGGAAAUUUGGAAAUAUGGUUUGAUGAACUUGCAAAAAUCUAUGGGCCAUGCUACACGGUCUGGUCCCCACUUCCAUGUGUUGUAUUAACAGACUUUGAUCACAUUAAGAAUGCGUUUGUAACGCAAGGCGAAUUCAACAAUCGCGCUCACAAGCCACCAGAGUCAUUGCUCCAUGUUCACGAUAAUACUGGAAUUUUGAACUCUAGCGGAGAAAACUGGCAACUUCAACGAAGAACCUCACUGAAAAUCCUCCGCGAUUUUGGAAUGGGCAAAAAUCUAAUGGAGGAGCAAAUCGUGAAAUCUGUCCAAGAAAUGAUGACGCAAUUGGAGAAAACUGAUGAUAAAAAGAAGGCUGAUAUUUUCUGGCCAGUUCAGCUUUGCGUUGGAAACGUAAUUAACCAAGUCUUAUUUGGCUAUCAUUUCAAAUACGAUGACUGUGAACGAUUCCAAAAAUUUGUUAGUGUAAUUGACUUCCACUUGCGAACUCUUCUUGGAAAAUGUUCAUUGUUAGUUUCGGCGUUUCCCAUGCUUCGCCAUGUUCCAAUAAUAGGCGAAUACGGUUAUCAAAGAAUCAAAAGAAAUAUCAAGUCGUAUCAAUAUUUCAUCGAGGAAGAGGUAGCAACGCAAAUGAAAAGUUUUGAGGAAGAAAAUGAGCCAGAAAACUUUGUUCAUGCGUAUAUGCAACAAAUGAAACAGAAUGGUCAUCCAGGAUUAGAUGUCAAAAAUCUACGUGCUUGUGCAUUAGAUUUUUGGCUAGCUGGUAUGGAAACAACUUCGAAUUCGCUUCGAUGGCACAUCGCUUACAUGAUGAAACAUCCUGAUAUUCAAGACAAAGUUCGUAAAGAAAUUUUGGAUGUUGUUGGCAACUCACGUUUUCCAUCGAUGUCCGAUAAACCAAAUAUGCCAUAUACACAAGCAGUUAUUCAUGAAGUUCAGCGGCAUUCGAAUAUGGUUCCCUUCCUAGGAACUCAUCAAAGCAAUAAGGAUACCAACGUUUUAGGACAAAACAUUCCAGCCGGCACAAACGUGCUUGUUCAAGCAUGGUCGGUCAUGAGAAACGACCCUAUUUUCAUUAAUCAAUUGUCAUUUAAUCCCGAUAGGUACCUGAUGGCUGAUGGUAAAUCGUUCGAUAAGAAUAUUCUAGAGAAAACCAUCCCGUUCAGUGUUGGAAAGAGAAGCUGUAUUGGAGAAGGACUCGCAAGAAUGGAACUCUUUUUGAUUUUCAGUGCACUAAUCCAGAAAUACGAAUUCAUUGCAAACGGUCCAGUUGAUAUGUCUUAUGAUUUUGGUGCAGUAUUGACUAUCAAACCGUAUACAUGCCAACUGAAAGCUCAAUUUUAGACUAAUCAAGAUAUUUUUUCCUAUUCUUUUUUAAUAAAGCAUUUAUUAGUUUA